AUGAUGAUGAAUAAUAGUAACACCUCUACAAACCAAACCACUACUGGAAAUAAUUUUACAACAACGAGUACGGCAAUGAUGAAUAACAACAAUAGCGCCCUUUCAUCAUCAGAAAUGAUGAGUUUAAAUUCUUCGAGCUCGGAUAAGCAUGGAAUCAUGCUCAACAAUGAAAUGACCAACCACCACAACAAUCAUCAUUCGACCAUCCCCAUAACAAUGAUGAAUGAAACAAACCCAAGUCAUUCCCGAACAAGGAUGAUGGCAGAAUCAACCCCACCAAAUUCCAAUACAAGCAAUCAACGUACUUGUAUUCCAUCACCAAACUCCCACCUCAAUACUGAAGGCAGUUUCAUUACUCCCAAUUUAUCUCAACCAUUCCAACAACCUCCACAAGAAAUGGGUGAGGCUUUUCCUUCACCUCUAAACACCACCACCCUAGGUUUUAAAACUGCCACCACCACCACCCAUGCGUCGGCACUCUCUCCGAAUCAUUCUGCAAUUACUUCUCUCCUUAAUAAUAAUAACAAGCCCUUAUUAGCCCAAGGUAUGGCCCAAUCACAGACGACAUUUUCAACUCAUACCAACAACAAGAAUCCUGGAUCUGAUCGUACGAUAACAACCCAAUUACCAUCUAUGGGAACCACAAUCGGUCAGCAACAACAUCCACAGCAACACUUGUGGCCAGAGCAACACAUUUCCAACGACGGACUUCCCUCUCUUCAACAAUUCGGUCUUCUUUUCAGUCAUUCCUUAAAUACACAUCCAUCCACUGUUCAAUCCAACAACUUUCAUGGCAUUAAUUCUUCAGAUCACUUCAACAUUUCUCCACUCCAAAUACAACAACAUCCAUUGCCAACAAAUAAUGUUACCUCACCCAUUCAUAAUUGCGAAAACAAUAGUAGUUCACAACUGAAAUUUGCAAGCCCUCCAACUCCUACUAAAAAUUUCAAUUCUCUUCAUACUAGCCCAAUAUUAAACCAAUUGGUGCAAUCACAACAAACGACAGAAAGUCAACAACAAUCAAACAUUAUGAAGCAUCAACAAAGAAAUGUUUUUGCAUCUUCUGCCUCAUCAGGUACUGUCAAGAAUGCAGCUAAUGCUGCAAUUCAAUCACUUCAACAUUUGCCUCAAAGUAGUUCUGCGUCAAAUUUGCCCAAUAGAACCUCGAACCAACAAUUUACAAGUAACAAUUCUUCGCCAAUGAACACAACUCCCACCUCUCUAAAUUCUCCGGAAAGUAUUACCUUCCCACUACCCAGUAAUCCAGCGAUUUAUGAAGGUCUCAUGAAACUUGUCGCUCACCGUAUUAUGGAGUGCAUUUUGGCGUUCGACGACAAAACUUCCAAGAAUGUAGAAGUCAAGAACAGGCUACAAGAUGAAUGGAUCAACUUAGUGAACGAAUAUUUCAUUGUUGGAAAACGCCUUGACGGAUUACCUCAAAUGUUGCACUGCUUAUUUGGGAUGUUGACAGAAGAGUCUGAAGUUGAAAUUGUACGAGAGAGAUUGAAUGAGGGCAACAACAUGUUACUCGGACACAUCUCCAUUGAUUUUAAGGCAAAUCUUAGAUUAUUACGGCUCAAAAUUUGCAUCUUCUUUUUACUCUACAGAUUGAGCAACGGUAGCUGUUUCCAAGAAUUAAGUUCUUUUGAGGAAUUCCUGGAUAUUAAUUCAUUAAGUGUGAAUGAGAGAAUGUUCAGUUCCAUAUCAUGGGAACAGUUCAUCUUAGAUAUGGACGCAAUAGAGAGCAAAUUAAGGUUUAGAGUUGAUCUCGUAUCUCACCAUGAAAGUGACGAAAGUAAUGUUGAUGAUGACGAAGACACUGGAUACGUCUUGAGCGUAAAACAAAACACAAUGAAUUAUGUCAAGCUCAAAUCAGUAGCUGAGGAAAAAUUGUCUGCUUCAUUCGACCAACUUUUGUUGGAAAUGAAUGUUAUGAAUUCUUCGAACAAACAUCGUCAACCUAAAUUCUACAGACUUCAGCUUUCCGUUCAAAUGUCCAACUAUUUAACAAUUACCAAGUAUAGCAAUACCAUUAUUGAUGUGUCUAUUGACGGCAUCCUUUCAAGUCGAACUAUUCACGACCUCUCACCAUUACGUAUCGUAUCAGCCGAAAGAAAGAAUCGGAUUGUGGUUUUACAUUUAAACAGAGACUUUUUUGUUACUCCAACAAGAGACAAGUCUGACGUAGACUUUGUUGUGGAGUUUGGAAAAGGUAGCGAUCGAAAAAGAGCAUCUAUCAAGAGCAUUUACAUAGACCGGUUACUCGUUGAUUUUUCUUCAUACUCUAUGUAUCAACAUGUUUCAGUAUGUAGAGGCCAAGAAAUUCUGUGCGAAGAAUUGGAAAUUACAAUGCUUAACAAUAUGGGAACUGUAAACUCAGGAGGGCUCAAGGUGAAUACUAUGGCUCCAACUUCAUUGUCAGAGGAGCCAAGCAGUGUAUCUUCAAUAGCAAGUAAUGCCUUCUCUCCUGGAUCAGCCACUCCAGAAGAGUCUCCACGCAGUAGCAAGAGAGCCUAUUCCGCUGAUGACGAAAAAGCAGGCACUCCGAACUGUGUCAGCCCAGCAAGUGGCUCUAAAAGAGCAAAGAGUGGGCACAACCAAAACAGCAUGAAUUUGGCCAGCAUUUCACAAUAUGUUAAAAGCUUACGAGACAGAUGUGGAUUCUCUUUGUUACACAUUGCAGCCAUGUAUGGGUUUAAUAAUGCCAUUGAAUUUUUGCAUGAAGCUCUCUCGAUAUCCAUCGAUAUUACUGAUAAUUAUCAAUACUCUCCAUAUCAUUGGUCGUGCUUGGCAUGUAAGCCCUCCACAGCAAAACUACUGAUCAGCAAAGGAGCAAGCACCACCCGUAAAAACAUUCACAACAUGACUGGAAUUGAAAUUGCUGCAGCCAGAAAUCACAAACAUUUUGUUGAGGAGCUUGAAUUUGAGCUUGAACAACAUGCAUGUUCUGCUCUUUUUGAUUUGUAUGCCCAUGUUUCAGACUCAGACAACAUAUUGACCAUUCAAUCACAGUCACAACAGUUACCACAGCAACAACAACGAUCAAAAGUACCAAGCCCACCGCUUGAAUGGUCGAUACCUUCCACUAACGAUGGCAUUCCUCAAAAUUUAAAGAUCUCUUCACACAGUAAGGUAAAACAAAUGACUGUCAAUACUACUAACCUCAACAAGAACACUGAUUCAGCUCGACCAAAGAAAAAACAGGAGCAAAAGAUCAGCCCAACCACAGCCUCAACACAAUUAGUUAGUCCACCUCCACCAAGUUCUGGCAAGAAGCAAACUGGUGCAUCCAAAUCAACUCCAAAUUCAUCCUAUAACAACACAGACUCACCCAUUCCAGUCACUCUACCCUCAUCAUCAGCAACGAAUUCGAAUCUCUCUCAACGUAUGGAGCUUUUCAUCAAACCAAGUCGGAAAAAAAGAACCUACAUUUCGUGUUUUCCCAAAGAAUUGUGCUCAAGUCCUUACAAGUAUGACAUUCUCUUAAGGAUACCUCUCAAUUAUACCAACCAAUUUAAUGAGAGUAAUUUCACUUUUCAUCUCAUGAUUCAAGGUGCAGAUAAAAACUGGACGCCAGUGACCGAACAGGCAGUGGACAUUGUCAAGUAUUUGAGAACUAUGUUUCCUCUUAAUUUCAGAGAAAUUGAAUGGAGACUCAUGUACAAGGUAUGCUCCUUCCAUUAUGGUAGAAAACCUUUCAAACUAAGGGUUAUUUACAAUACGAACAUGAACCCUGCAUCAGCGAAUCCUGUCCAUGAAUCCUUGAGUCAGAAUUCGGAUGGCAAGGUGUGUUUACCUGACAACACCGUCGUUUUUGAGUCUGACGAGUUCUAUAUUGUGGCACGAAAGAAAAAGGACUCGUUUCAUGAAUCAUCCACUGGGGGUGAAGAUGCCUUCUCUGCUGAUCAAUCGCCACUUACUGAGCUUCAAGGUCAAUUCUCUCCAGCCUCUUCUUCUCCAUCUCCACUUCCACUUUUAAAUCAGCUCGAUUCACACACAUCGAAUCUGCAAUUAGUCAUGCUCCAAAAUAGCAACAAUAACAACUUGGCACAAGAAGCAACAACCAGUCAAUCAUCCUCCUCACAUGGUCAAUUUAGUUUUUUACCGUCCAACAAUACCAACAACAUUCCAACCUCGGCCUUUCAAUACCCUCCAAAUCAACAUCAGCAGAACCUGUAUUAG